CUACACAUUUUCACUCGGUGGUGGUUGUAGUAGCGUCGGCUAAAAGCAGAAGCUCUCCGGUUUGAACCUGUGAAGAUUGUUUUUGGUCCUGACAGCUGUUUCAUUCCUCAUUCUGAAGAAAUAAUGUUCAACAGCAAUGGCCACUUUCUCCACGCUGCAGGACCGGAUCAGAGUAGCCAAGGAGCUGCUUGAGCAAGUGGACCAGAUUUGUAGUCGACAGGGCCAUGAUGUCGAAGGACGUGCUAAAUUGUGCAGUAAACUUCGGGCGGAGUUAAAGUUCUUGCAAAAAGUGGAAGCAGGCAAGGUUGUGAUAAAAGAGUCCCACCUGCAGAGUACCAACCUUACUCACCUAAAGGCCAUUGUCGAGUCCGCUGAAUCUCUAGAGAAUGUGUUGAGUGUGCUUCACGUGUUUGCCUAUGAGGGAACUGACGGCCAGAAGCAGACAUUGGUGGUUGAUGUGGUGGCCAAUGGCGGACACACCUGGGUAAAAGCCAUUGGGCGCAAAGCAGAGGCUCUACACAAUAUCUGGCAAGGCAGAGGCCAGUAUGGAGAUAAAAGUGUGAUCCGGCAAGCAGAAGAUUUUCUUGAGGCCAGUAAACAACAGCCUGUGCAGUACAGCAACCCACACAUAAUAUUUGCCUUCUACAAUGGUGUAUCCAGCCCCAUGGCUGACAAACUGAAGGAGAUGGGUAUUUCUGUGAGAGGUGACAUUGUUGCUGUUAAUAUGAUAAUUGGAGGAGAAGAGGAAGACGACGAAGAGGAGGAGGAGGAGGAGGAAGAAGAGGAUAAAAAAAAUGAAGAUAAACAUGAUUGUGUUGAAGAAUACCAUGAGCAAGACAAUGAUGUUGUGGACGAGGAAGAAAAGUAUGAUGAUGAAGAUGACAUAGGAUAUAUGCACACUUGUGUCGAUAGAGACACUAUCGUGGCCAGCCUUGCCUUUCCUACUGAGGUAAAGGUGGAUGUGUGCAACAGGGUCAACCUUGAUAUCACUACUCUGAUCACCUACGUGUCUUCGCUCAGCCACGGUAACUGUCACUUCACUUUUAAGGAGGUGGUGUUGACUGAGCAAGCUGCACAGGAACGGCAAGAGAAGGUCCUGCACAAGCUGGAAGAAUUCAUGGAGGGAAAAGAAUUGUUUGCUUGUCAUUCGGCUGUUAAAGACUUCCGUGUCAUCCUCGAUACAUUAGGAGGCCCGGGAGAAAAAGCCAGAGCUGAGGAGCUGCUAGCCAGACUCAAGGUGGUUCCAGACCAGCCAUCUGAGCGCACCAAACGACUAGCUACAAGCUCAAAGGUGAACCACAGAUCACUGAUGAUCUUUGGGACAGGAGACACAUUGCUGGCUGUCACUAUGACUGCAAACAGCGGAUUUGUACGUGCAGCUGCUAACCAGGGUGUGCGAUACAGCGUUUUCAUCCACCAACCCCGUGCACUUACUGAGGGUAAAGAAUGGAGAGCAACUCCAAUAUGAAAGAAAUAUGACUAAAAUACUCUAUAAAUAAUAAUGUGUCAGCAAUGGACUUCAUGCUUACAUUAUUUGUGAAAGGUAUGAAUAAAUACUUGGAAAUAAAUUGCAAAGCUGGUUGCAGAUAGACACUGACUUUAUGUAAACUCUGUGAUCUCAGAGCCUCAAUUGCAGCACUUCAAUGCAAAGCAGCGCAGAUGUCAAAGUAACCAAAUGUAUCAUAGUAGCAAAAAUAAUGUUCAAAGAAAAACACUGCAAAAAAGCAGAGACCCUGACUAUAUGCUACAGAUUUAUUUCUUUUCAAUGUAGUUUGUUUUACCAAACCACCAGCCUGGCUGAAUUUUGUUUUCAUUUAAUCUUGAUUUACAAAUCUAUUUUGAAAAAGAGUACAAAAUAAAAGCAUAUGAAAAUGCAAA